AAAAGAGUAGAAAAAGGCAAAAGCACAAGGAAGAUGAAGACAAGCAAGCACGUGAUCUGCCAAGAUUUUACCUGCAAAAAAAGCUUUUCUGUUUAAACAUUUCAUUUUUCUCAUUGUUCUCUCUCUCACUCAGACAUCCGUCCACCCUUCAGUCCAAUCACUGAAUAUAAAGCAAAUGUCUUUGUUUUUCCCCAAAAAAAUCCAAACAAUUAUUUGAUUCUUUUCAUAAAAAAAAUCAAUUUUUAUUUUUUUAAAUUCCCUUUGAACUGUGAACCCAACCCCCAAUCUCAAUCUUAUUAUUAUACUUAUUAUUCUGAGGUGUUCUUCAAGAUAUACCUGUUCAACAACAACACACCCCCAGAUCUUUUCUUUCUCAGAAUAAUAAAUUUUCAAUCUUUACAUACUAAACAUCCAUUUUGCCAUCUGGGUUUUUUGCCUAGUGGAUCUUUAUGAAGUGGGUUGUCAGCAUUUUGUAAAUUUGUUCCUUUUUGAGGUGGGAUUUUGAAGAAAACUGUAGGGUCUUUCUUGAUAUUGUUCAAGAUUCUGUUCUGUAUAUAUAUACACAUGGUGAAAAGGUUCUAUCUUUAUGCUUGUUGAUAUUUCUGUACAAAAUUUGAAGAUUCUAGAAGCAUGGAGAAGAGAUUAUGUGUGUUUGAGAUGUAUGGAUUAGGGGUUUUCUGUCUUUUGAUAUGGUUUAAUGUUGCAUAUGCAACUCUUUCUCCUUCUGGGGUCAAUUAUGAAGUUGUAGCUCUAAUGGCUAUAAAAGAAGCUCUAAAGGACCCGCGCAAUGUUAUGGACAAUUGGGAUUUAUCUUCGGUAGAUCCUUGUAGUUGGAGAAUGGUUACUUGCACCACUGACCGUUCUGUUUCGGCUUUAGGGUUGCCUAGUCAAAACUUAUCCGGGACCUUAUCGUCUGCAAUCGGGAAUCUUAGCAACUUGCAAUCAGUCACGCUACAGAAUAAUGCGAUAUUUGGACCGAUUACGGACGCAAUUGGGAAGCUGCAGAAGCUUCAAACUCUUGAUCUGUCAGGAAACAUGUUCAGUGGUCAGCUUCCUAGCUCUUUAGGCGAUCUCAAGAACCUUAAUUUUUUGCGCCUGAACAACAACAGUCUUACCGGCUCGGUUCCUGAAUCUUUAUCUGGAGUUGGAGGUCUAACUCUUGUGGACGUAUCAUACAAUAAUCUCAGUGGUCCUUUGCCAAAACUAUCGGCCAGAACGUUUCGAAUCAUUGGCAACCCUUUACUUUGCGGGCAGAAUUCUGUGAAUAAUUGUUCAAAUAUUUAUCCCGAACCUCUCUCUUUUCCACCAGACGGUUUUACAGACCAAUCCUCAUCAAAUGGAAAAAGACAUCAUUUGACUGUUGCUCUCGGGUCAAGCUUCGGUGCUUUGUUCCUAAUAAUCAUAGUCAUCACAUUGCUUAUAUGGUGGCGGUACAGGAAAAACCAACAAAUAUUCUUUGAUGUUAACGAGCAAUAUGAUCCGGAGGUAUGUUUGGGCCACUUGAAGAGGUAUACUUUCAAGGAACUUCGGGCUGCAACCGACCAUUUUAAUGCAAAAAAUAUUCUCGGGAAGGGCGGAUAUGGAAUUGUUUACAAAGGGACGUUGAAUGACGGCACGACAGUAGCUGUAAAAAGAUUAAAAGACAGUAACAAUUUCGGGGGUGAAAUCCAAUUUCAAACAGAAGUUGAAACCAUUAGUUUGGCUGUUCAUCGUAACCUUUUACGCCUUUGGGGAUUCUGCUCUACUGAAAAUGAGCGGCUUCUUGUCUAUCCGUUUAUGCCGAAUGGCAGUGUGGCAUCAAGAUUGAAAGCAGAUACUAUCCAGGGAAGGCCCGUUUUGGACUGGUCGAGGAGAAAAAACACAGCGUUAGGGACAGCAAGGGGUUUACUAUACCUACACGAACAAUGUGACCCCAAAAUAAUUCAUCGGGAUGUUAAAGCGGCUAAUAUUCUUUUGGAUGAAGAUUUCGAGGCUGUUGUUGGUGAUUUCGGGCUGGCAAAAUUAUUAGACCACCGUGAUUCUCAUGUCACCACUGCUGUUCGUGGGACCGUGGGCCACAUUGCCCCGGAGUAUCUGUCAACGGGCCAAUCAUCGGAAAAAACCGAUGUAUUUGGUUUUGGGAUCUUGCUUCUUGAACUGAUUACCGGACAAAAAGCCGUUGACUUUGGAAGAGCAGCUAACCAGAAAGGAAUAAUGCUAGAUUGGGUAAAGAAGCUCCAUCUAGAAGGAAAGCUAAACUUAAUGGUGGAUAAAGCGUUAAAACAAGAUUUCGAUCGGGUGGAGUUGCAAGAAAUGGUUCAAGUUGCGCUAUUGUGUACGCAAUUUAACCCUGGUUAUCGGCCGAAAAUGUCGGAGGUAUUGAGAAUGUUGGAAGGAGAAGGGUUAGUUGAGAGAUGGGAAGCAUCACAAAGUGUUGAAACCCCAAGAUUUAAGGGGUUAGAAAGUAUUCCACAAAGAUAUUCGGAUUAUAUGGAAGACUCUUCACUUGUGGUUGAAGCAAUGGAGCUUUCUGGUCCAAGAUAACAUGGAGUUAUUGUCAUAUAUUUUGGUUUUUGUGUGGUUGUGGUCCUUGUGGAUAUAGUUGUUGAAUGCAUGUGUAAAGAAGGUAAAGGAAAUCUAGUGUUUGAUUUUGUUGGAAUGAAUGUAUUAAGUGGUUAUCACAAGUGAAGUCACUCAAUAGCAAAUGUAUAUCUUUUUUACUUUAUGAGAUAUAAAUUUUUGUAUGCA